AUGGAGGCUUCCUCUGGAAGAAGAACUUCCGUCACUGGCCUCGCUGAGGUGAUUCACACUCCUACUGGUGUGCUUGGGCUGCUGCAAAACAAAAGAUGCUUGGGAUUGGCUUUAUUUGCUUCUCUCGGAGGUGUCCUCUAUGGCUACAAUCAGGGUGUAUUCAGCCAGGUCCAAGUUAUGGCUGAUUUUGAGCAUCGCUUUGCAAGCACUCUUAACAAUGCUUCUACUAAAGCCCUUCUCACCGGAAUUCUGGAGUUGGGAGCGAUGAUCGGAGCUUUGAGCAGCAGUCCACUUGCGGACAAAUAUUCUAGGAAGCGUUCCAUCUCAGGCUGGUGCAUUGUCUUCAUGCUAGGUGUCGCCCUUCAGGUUGGAGCGACCUCCGAUGUCGCAUACAUUUACGCUGGUCGUUGGUUUGCUGGUAUGGGGGUUGGUGGACUUUCCGUCGUCGUGCCUAUGUUCAAUGCCGAACUUGCGCCUGCGUCCAUUAGAGGUACACUGGUUGGUCUACAGCAAGUAGCAAUUUGCUUCGGUAUCAUGAUAUCAUAUUGGAUUGGCUACGGCACCAAUUACAUCGGUGGAACUACCUGCCCAGAGCAAUCUAGUGCCGCUUGGAGAAUUCCGCUUGCACUCCAGCUGGUCCCAGCUAUCGUCCUCUGCAUCGGCUCAUGGUUCCUCCCGUUCUCAUCUCGAUGGCUCAUGCUAGUUAACAAAGAAGACGAGUGUCUUGCCGUUUUGGCUCGUCUUCGUGCACAAGACCCAAGCUUCUACGAGCGUGAGGCUUCCCGAUUGCGCUAUGGAACCGAGAAGAAGAAUUGGCGCACUGAAGUCUCAGAGUAUAAGCGGAUAUUCACAACAAAGGUGCUUCUACAUCGCGUCGGUCUCGGCGCUGGUGUUCAAGCGUUUGGCCAAUGGUCAGGAAUCAAUGCAAUCAUCUACUACGCACCAACUGUUUUUGCGGAAGUCGGCCUUUCUGGCGGAACUGUUGGAUUACUCGCUACUGGAGUAGUGGGUACCCUGAUGUUCGUUUUCACGAUCCCAGGGGCGCUUAUGGUAGACAAAGUCGGCCGAAAACCAAUGCUUUUCUGGAGUUUGGCUAAUAUGGGUAUCUCUCACGCUAUUAUUGCUGCCCUGAUUGCUACUUACGGUGAAAAUAUUGGAGCGCAUAAAAAUGCUGCCAACGCCGCUAUAUUCCUUAUUUACUGGUACAUAGUCAACUACGCACUACCCUAUGGACCUGUCGGGUGGAUCAUCACUGCCGAGUCGUCAUCGCUGGAUAUCCGCGCUAAGGGAGUUGCCAUUGGUUCCGCAGUGAAUUGGAUCAUGAACUUCGCUGUCGCAGAGGUCACGCCAGUCAUGAUCUCGAAUAUUGGCUACAAGACUUUCAUCGUCUUAAUGUGCUUCUGUGUGCUUGGCCUACUCUGGGUCUAUUUCAUCUUGCCAGAGUUGAAGGGCUUGACACUCGAGGAGAUUGAUGCCGUUUUCGCAGAUGAGGUCAGCGCAGAGGAUCACCUCCGCCGUGCGCGCAUUGCAGACGAGCUUGGGGUCAAUAAUAUGGCGAAUGCGGCUGCAGAUAUUGGUUUUGUGGAUGAGCGCAGAGAUAAACCAAUGACCGAAAUGCUGGAAAACUAG